AUCAUUAAGAAACCCAUGGACUUGAGCACAAUUAAAAAGCGUUUGGAACAUAAUUAUUAUACAAAAGCUACAGACUGCAUUGAAGACUUUAAAACUAUGUUCACGAACUGCUAUGUGUAUAACAAGCCAGGUGAUGACAUCGUUUUUAUGGCACAAGAGCUAGAAAAAGUAUUUAUGCAGAAAGUGGCACAAAUGCCUCCAGAAGAGAGAAUAGUGAUAGUCAACAAAGGGAAAAGAAAAGGAAAGAAACAAGAAGGAGCUCAGCAGCCUGAUUCAGGAGUUUGUACCACUAAGCAAAAUCAACUGCAGAAGCAACUUGAAAGCAUUGUUAAGCAGCCUCAAGUGAUGACUCCGGUACCACAGCAGCCUGUGCUAGCCCCUCUGUCAAUGACUCAGUCAACUACCUUAAUGUCAGCCACACUACCUAUAUCAAAAGUUAAAAAGGGUGUGAAAAGGAAGGCUGAUACUACUACAAUAUUCACAGCAAGCUGUGAAUCUUCUCCAGCACUUAAUGAACCAAAAGUUGCUAAAAUAUCAUGUAGAGGAGAAAGUGAAUGUAGUGUACCAGACAGUCUUCUAAAGAAAGACUUGCCAGAUUCUCAACAGCCACUUGAAAUUGUCAAAAAUGUUCAGUUAUCAGAACAACUAAAGCAUUGUAGUGAGAUCCUUAAAGAAAUGUUUGCAAAGAAACAUGCAUCAUAUGCUUGGCCUUUCUAUAAACCUGUAGACAUUACAGCUUUGGGGCUCAAUGACCACCAUGAUACCACGAAAUGCCCUAUAGACCUUGGAACUAUUAAGAAGAAAAUGGAUAACUAUGAAUAUAAAGAUACACAAGCGUUUGCUGCAGAUAUUAGAUUAAUGUUUAUGAAUUGCUACAAAUACAACUCUCCAGACCAUGAAGUGGUUGCUAUGGCAAGAAAACUGCAGGAUAUCUUUGAGAUGCAAUUUGCCAAAAUUCCAGAUGAACCUGUUGCAAGUAUACCACCAUCACAGCCCAAAACACAAAUAGCAAGUGCUUUUUCUAGUGAAAGCACCAGUGAUGACUCCACAGAAGAAAGAUCAUCCGAAGAUUCAGAAGAGGAAAGAACAAGGCGCCUUGCAAAGCUUCAGGAGCAACUUAAAGCUGUUCAUCAGCAGUUGCGGGCAUUGGCCAAAACCUCCUUGCCCAAGCUGAGGAAGAAAAAAGGGAAGUCUAAAAAGGGGAAAAGAGGCAAAGAGAAAUCCAAACACAAAUAUGUGAAUCAAAAGAAGAAAAAGCUAAAGCAAAAAAAGAAAUUGAAGAAAAAACUGUCUUUAAAUAUUCAGUCAAAGAAAACAAAGCAGCAAGUCUCACUGGCACAUAAAUCAGAAGAUGAGGAUAGUGCCAAGCCUAUGAAUUAUGAUGAAAAAAGGCAGUUGAGUUUGGACAUAAAUAAACUUCCUGGAGAUAAGCUUGGAAAAGUGGUAUAUAUAAUACAGUCAAGAGAGCCUUCACUGAGAAACUCUAAUCCUGAUGAGAUAGAAAUAGACUUUGAAACUUUAAAAGCAUCGACACUUAGAGAACUAGAGAAAUAUGUGAUGGCUUGUUUAAGGAAAAGACCAAGAAAACAUGUGAAGAAACCAGAGAAGUCAAAAGAAGAACUUAAUUUUGAGAAAAAACAAGAGUUGGAAAAGAGGCUGCUGGAUGUCAAUGGGCAGUUAAACCCUAAAAAGCAAAAUAGCAAAUCUGAAAAUAACACUAUACCAAAGAUUAUUGGUGGACCAAGGCGACUGAGUGAGAGUAGCAGCAGCAGCUCCUCCUCCGACUCUAGCAGCAGCAGUACUAGCGGUGAUUCUAGCUCCUCGGAUACCAGUGACUCUGAAUCAGAAAUAGGCUCAAAGCCAAAUGGAACCAGACAGAAUGGUCUGACUUCUAAAGAACAAAUGGAGCAAAUACCACUGUCUUUACAAAAGACAUCCUGCAAUGCUAUUCCUGAAGUGCAGACCUCAUUUUCUUUUACUAGUAGCUUGCAAAAUCAAAGAUCAUCAGAAACACAGCCUUCUCUUAAAAUACUACAGUGGCCUCAGCUUUUGCAACGUAGUCCACUUAAACUACCUGAACAAAGCAUGCUGUCUCCUUCAGGUAUAAUCACAGUUAUAUCUCCACUGCACUCCACACCCCUACAGCAAAGGCCUCAGAAUAUUCCAAAGACAUGCCAGCCUUUUGUCAGCCAGCCUACUCACAUUGCCACAGAGGCAUCCAAUUCAUCUCUCCAGGACAUUCCAGUUACUGAUGGCAAAGAACCUGGAAAAUUAAAUAUUCUUCAAAACAAUGUUUCUGGUGGAGUUGCUGGCUCAAAAUCCAUAAAUCAAGAACAAAGUCAUUCUGACAGCACUGAUGAUAAAAACACACUAGAUCCUACACUUCAAAUUCUUCCUAAAAAGGACAUCAAAAUCAAGAAUGCAGACUCUUGGAUAAGUUUAUGUAAAAAUAUGGCACUUCCAGUUCCCAUAAAGGCAUCUCCGGAGAACUUCAAACAGUUCAGGAAAGCAGCACUAGAAAAGGAAGAAACUGAACGAGCACAAGAGUUAAGGAGACAACUGGAACAAGCCAAGAGGAAAGGGAAAACCCCCUCUCAAGAAAAAGAGAGGCUCCAUGAAGGAGCAGAACUGGAAUCCACUGGAAUGAAAGCCCACGAAGAGCCACAAAAAGAGAGGCCAAACAACGAACAGCAACAACCACCAGGGGUUCAACAAAAUAUCCAAAAAGGUCUUUUCAAAGACCGUAACCAGGCUAGAAAAAUGGAGCAAGAGCGCAGGCGGAAAGAAGCGAUGACUGGUACCAUUGACAUGAACCUGCAGAGUGACAUAAUGGCAACUUUCGAAGAAAAUCUUUAGUGGAAUUUUGGACACUAGAAAAAGUUGCAACCUGGCCACAGUCCCUGAGUGACAUUGUACUAAAUGCAAUGGUACAAUAAACUUGAUACAAGUGCUAAAAACAUGUGUGCUAUUUAUCUAUCUCAACAGUAUAUUGUUUAGACCACUUUGAAGAGCUGUAAACUGCUAUAGUAUGUUUAAUUUGCAUAGCACUGUUAAAUAUUAAAAUUAUGCAUUGACACAUAACACAUCACAGGGUAUUUUUGUUGCUUGCAUUUAUAAUCUGUCAAAUCUACUUGUUGCUAGCUAGUUGAGCACGGUCAUGUUUGAUUGCAUAUACAUUUUACUUAUCAAAAUACAUUGUGGAGAUUUUUUUGGAAUAUCUCUCCCUGUUUUUUAAUUUAGAACUUUUAAAAGCAAUUAUCUUUCACAACCAUUCCAGAAGCUUUUUUAAAAAUAUACUGCCCACAGCUGAUUUAUUUUCUUGUUUUCACUGGCUGUUUCUGGUUAUAUACACCGCAUUUACAUGUGGUGUUAAAUAAUACUUUUGGAGAAGUUAU